GUUGGAUGGUCAAGUUGGCAGUAAGAUUAAUGAAACUGUUUUCUACUUAUGAAGAAGACACUUCAUCGCUAAUAAGUGCUUUCGGAAUGUAUUAUCAAAUACGUAAUGAUUAUUGCAACUUAUUUCAUGAAAAUAAUAACGGUAAAAGUUAUUGCGACGAUUUAACCGAGGGAAAAUUCAGUUUGCCUAUUAUUCAUGCAAUUAACAGUAAUCCUGAUGAUAGACAAAUAAUAAGUAUCCUUUACUAAACAUUGUAUUUGUCAUAAAAUAUCGAACAUAAUCGAAUUGCAAUGAAUUAAUUAUUAGAUAUACGAUUACG